GUAUUCCCUUGUCUCUCUCUCUCUUUUUAAUUUAAUUUAAUUUUUUUCCCCUCUAAUAACAAUAACAAUGGUAUCAGCAACUUCAGAAACAUCAACAACAACAUAUAAAUCAUUUAUAAAACCUAUCAAAUUUUGGCAAAAAUCUGAAAGGGGCUCCUCUAUUGAUGAACUUAUCAAAAGAGACUAUUGUGAAGAAGAGGAUAAGAAUAAACAAGUUGCUAAAAAAAAGCUUUUGCCUUCUGCCUCUUCUUUUAGUUUUGCAAAGAAGAAGUCUGCUAUUGUAGCAUUAAAGGAAUCAGGUGAAACAGAGGUCUACAAGUUAUCUACGAUUGAUGAUACAACUGGAUUAUACAUACCCCCUUCACCCACAUUAGAAAGUAAAAGGGAUCAUUGGGUUGAAAUAAAUGAAGAAGAUAUCAUGGAUUUUUAUUUACCAAUGAAUUCAGAAUGUCUUACAAGUCACGUUAAUGAAAGGCAUGAAUUUUAUACGCCUUCCUCAUAUGUCAAAUGUCAACCUUAUAUUUUUUAUGGUAGUGUCCCUACUACAAAGAAGGAUAAUGAUGAUGAUGAUGAUAAUAAUAAUACCAUGAUGAACUCUUCUACUCUAUCAAGUGUCCCAUCUUUAGUAGACGAUGAAACAUUAGAAGAUCUAACGUCUGUUCCAUCCUAUAGGUCCAAUACUACUAUUACAAAUUCCAACUAAUUAACAAACAAGCUUACUUACUUACUUACAUACUUAAUAAUAAUCUUAAUAAUAAUUUAUCUAAAUUUUUCCUAGUAUGACACCUAUUUUUUUUUAAGGUUAUACUUUAUAAUAAUAAAUGACAUAGUGUUAAAAAAAAAUAAAAGAAUUAGA